CUUGAUUCCCGGGGUCUCAAAACACAAAAGAGAAGAAAUCGUUAAAAGCACGUUUACCGGCUGAUCAAUAAUUGGAUAAAUUAAGAACAAAUAAAUAAAUUCAUUAGUUGUUCUUCGAAAUUCUCUGGAAGCAAACUAAAAUGAACUCCAUGAUGCCCAACCUCGGCAAGAAAGCUACCGGUGGACAACCCUCGGAUACCGACGUCAACAUUACCAAAGAAAACCAAAAGAAAAUCAACCAGUUUGCAAUACGCAACGGCUGGUUAGAUGAACUGAAGGACGAGUUGAAGGCGAAACAGAAUCUCCUUAAAAAUUUGGAGGAUGCUAGUGACGAGGUUACUCUUCUCGAUGAUGAUGUCCCUGUCCCAAUCCUAAUUGGAGAAAGUUUUGUUCACUUUGACCAAGAACGAGGACUGGAGCAAAUUUCCAUCUUACAAUCAACCAUCCGAAGCCAAAUCUCAACCAUCGAAGCAAAGAUUGCUACAAUCAAAUCGGAAAUGUCAGGAUUGAAGCAACAAUUAUAUUCCCAAUUUGGUGACUCCAUAAAUCUUGAAUGUGAAGAAGAGCUGUAAAUAGCUUUCAACUAACCUCAUCAUUUAAUCAUUUUAUUCCGUAAUUUUUAUUUCUAUCUAAUACUCGGUUAUUAUGAUUUCGAUAUAAUUGAUAAUAAUUGCUAAUAAUAAACAUUUACUGAAAAAUUAGA